AAUAAUGGUCAUUAUUUGAUAAUGACAAAUAUGAAUCUGAUUAAUUAACAUCACCCUUUGGCCCCUCUUGCUCCCAAAAGCAAUCCAAUUAUAUUCUCAUUUCAACUAAUCUCACUGUGUCUGUCUGUGUGUGUGUGUUUCUCUCUCUCUCUCUUCUUCAAUCUCUCUUUCUCCAGUCCCCAUGCACACUCUCUCUCUCUCAUGAUAUAAAUAAGGUGACACACUACACAGUCUGUCUCUCUCUCACUUCAUAACUGGGGUCUCCCUCUAUCAGUUUGGUUACCACUCUCCCAUCUUUGCUCUGCAAAUGAGAGAUGCAAGUUCCAAUGGAGAUUCUCCAGCCCUUGUAUCUCAUUCUGCUAGCUCCUUUGAUGUUGAUGCAGCCACUUGUUGCAGAUGAUGAUCCUCUCUCCUAUGCCCUCUUGACCUUAAAAUAUGAAAUUCUUGAUCACUCCAACACCUUGAGUGACUGGUCUCUACCCUCUCAACCCCACCCCUCCCCCCAAAUCCAUGCAUGCUCAUGGACUGGAGUCCAAUGCAACCACAACUCAACCAAAAUCACUGCCAUAGACCUCUCAAUGAAGAAUCUUGGCGGCUCUCUUUCAGGAAAACAGUUCAAUCUUUUCGUCGAUCUCCUCGAUCUCAACCUCAGCCACAACUCCUUCUCAGACCAGCUCCCACCUGGGAUCUUCCACCUCAAAAGCCUCACAUCAUUAGACAUAAGCAGAAACAAUUUCUCUGGUGUUUUCCCACCUGGGAUUUCUAAUCUUACCAAUCUUGCUGUUCUUGACGCCUUCAGCAACAGCUUCUCUGGGGCCCUCCCUGCAGACGUUGCAUACCUUGAUUCCCUCACAGUCUUGAAUUUUGCAGGGAGUUAUUUCAGUGGCCCAAUCCCAUCAGAUUAUGGCUCCUUCAAAUCAAUCCAAUUCAUUCAUUUAGCUGGGAAUUUCCUCAAUGGAAACAUACCUCCUGAGCUGGGGAACCUCAACACACUUUCCCAUAUGGAGAUUGGUUACAAUUUAUAUGAAGGUGGGAUUCCAUGGCAGUUUGGUAGUAUGAGUGAGCUCACCUAUCUUGACAUUGCAGAUGCAAAAAUCUCAGGCCCAAUCCCACCCCAACUCAGCAACCUCACCAAGCUCGAAUCCCUUUUCCUCUUCAGGAAUCAGCUGAGUGGGAAGAUUCCAUGGGAGCUCAGCAGAAUCUCCAACCUCAAAAGCUUGGAUCUUUCAGACAAUCUGCUAUCUGGGCCAAUCCCAGACAGCUUCUCUGAGCUGAAAAACCUCAAACUGCUGAGUUUGAUGUACAAUGAGCUGUCCGGCUCUGUCCCUGAUGGCAUUGCUAAGCUUCCACAGCUUGACACUCUCUUAAUAUGGAGCAAUUACUUCACUGGCUCACUGCCUGAGGAUUUAGGCAGGCAUUCGAGGCUGCAACAUGUCGAUGUUUCGACUAAUUUGUUUGUGGGAAACAUUCCUGCUGGUAUCUGUGCUGGAGGGGAGCUGAUGAAGCUGAUUCUGUUUUCAAAUAAUUUCACCGGAGGGCUGUCUCCAUCUCUCUCAAAUUGUUCGUCUCUGGUUCGCCUUCGUGUGGAAGAUAACCGGUUUUCAGGUGACAUCUCUCUGCAUUUUGGGAACUUUCCUGAUGUUUCAUAUGUGGACUUGUCAAGGAAUAUGUUUGUAGGAGGUGUCCCAUCUGAUAUUGAUCAAGCUCUUAGACUUGAGUACUUCAAUGUGUCUGGUAAUCCAGAGCUUGGAGGCGUGAUACCGAUGAAUUUAUGGUCUCUGCCUAAUUUACAGAACUUUUCCAUGGUUUCUUGUGGUGUGUCUGGGAAUAUCCCUCCAUUUGAGGGGUGUAAAUCUGUUUCUGUAAUUGAAUUGGGAAUGAACAAUUUAUCUGGAAAUGUUGAACAGAGUGUGUCUAAUUGUAAGCAGCUUGUGGUUAUGGAUUUAGCUAGCAACAAUUUGAGUGGCUCAAUAGCUAUGGAGCUUGCUACUCUCCCUGCUCUCACCAUACUAGACCUGUCACACAAUGCUUUAACCGGUCCCAUCCCGGCCAAAUUUGGGACCUCGUCGAGCUUGAGGCUUCUCAACGUGUCCUACAAUGACAUCUCGGGUGCAAUCCCUUCCAACAAGACGUUCAAGAUGAUGGAUGAGAGCGCGUUUCUUGGCAAUCCGAAGCUCUGUGGGGCGCCCCUGAGAGCCUGCCCUCGUGAAAGUGGGAUCUCGAACGGGCUCCAGCUUGGGAGCAGGAGAGCUCAGAAGCUGGCUUGGGUUCUGAUAUUGUGUGCAGUGACGGCUUUGUUGAUCAUGGCUGCAGUUUUGGGGAUAGUCUACUUGAGAAGAGGGAGUAAAGGGCAGUGGAAAAUGGUUGCUUUUGAUGGGCUUCCUCAGUUCACAGCAAAGGAUGUUUUGAGGAGCUUUAACUGCGUUGAAGGCACGGCCUUGCCGGAUUCCAUCUGCAAAGUGGUGCUGCCCACGGGGAUCACCGUCUCAGCUAGGAAGAUCGAGUGGGAGGCGAAGGAGAUGAAGGAGAUGUUGCAGUUUUUGAGUAGGAUUGGGGAGACAAGGCAUGAGAAUUUGGCAAGAUUGCUUGGGAUUUGCUACAAUAAUGAGCUUGCUUAUUUGUUGUAUGACUACAUGCCUAAUGGAAACCUAGCAGAGAAGAUUGGGAUGAGCAGAGAUUGGGAGAGCAAGUGCAGGAUAAUCCAUGGAGUUGCAAGGGCACUAUGCUUCCUCCAUCACGACUGCUCCCCGCCUAUCCCCCAUGGGAAUCUCAAGGCGAGGAACGUGCUUCUCGAUGAAAAUAUGGAGCCCCGUUUGUCGGAGUUUGGACUCAGUUCAAUAGUUGAGUCACCAGAAAAUCCCCUGCCAGCAAAGAUUAGGAAGGAGACAGGUGGUUUCAUAACAUCUAUAAGGGAUGAAAUGGACAUGGAUGUGUACAGCUUGGGAGAGCUGAUUCUUGAGGUCUUAACAAAUGGUGGAGUCCUUCAAAGGGAGGAUCUGCUGAGGCACAACGACGAGGGCGUGAAGUCAGCCGUGGAGGUUGCGCUGCUCUGCACGAGGAGUAGGCCGGCCGAUAGGCCUACCGUGCAAGAUGCACUGAAGCGGCUGCCGGGGCCAAAGCGCAGGCCAUGACUUUGCACUUCAUUUCUGGUGUUUUUUUUGCUUGUGUUGUCAACAACAUCUUCAUCUUGCUGUAAUUAAUAUAGACAGAUAUAAGUUGUUUGUUUGGUUUUGUUUUCUUCAGUUUGUAAAAUCUUUGGCUGGUUUUUUGGUGUUCAAUGUGAAUGUUAAUGGUAAGCCUUACAUGUGGAAA